CUGAGCCGAGCACCCAGCACUCCACAUCAAUAGAUGCAUAUCUCAUCUCCCUUGCUUGCAUUGUUAUUGUCCAGAAUUGAUCCCAGGGAGAGAAAUGGCGAGAGAGGACCAAGCAGCAUCCCAGUCAGAGGGACAGAAAAACGAGCCACAAUCGACGACGGAGUACCAGCUGAAGAAGUACCUGCUGCUGCUGGCCACCCUGGUGGCGACGGUGACGUACGCCGCGGGGCUGAACCUGCCGGGGGGCGUGUGGCAGGACACGCUGCAGGGGCACACCGUGGGCGACCCCAUCCUCCCGGACACCCAGCACCGGCGCUACCUGGUGUUCUACUACUGCAACGCCACGGCGUUCACGGCGUCGCUCGUGGUGUGCCUCCUCGUCCUCGCCCUGGACAAGAAGAGCAAGGGCCCUGUCGCCGUGCUGCUGCGCCUCGUCAUGCUGCUCGACCUGCUCGCUCUCAUGGGAGCCUACGCCGCCGGGAGCUGCAGGGACAGGUUCACCACCAUCUACUCCCUGCUGCUCAUGUCCUCCGUCUUUGCCUACAUCAUGCCUGCCCUCGUCGCCUUUGCCAUCUCGAAACUGGCCGCCAACAGCAACGGCAACAACAACACCAGCAGCAGCAGCAGCGCCGACAGCAGGCGUGAAGAAAUGCACGAGACCCUGAUGCUCCUGACCACCUUCGCGGUGGCCGUGACGUACGUGGCCGGGCUGAACCCGCCGGGUGGCUUCUGGGGAAACACCGUGCACGGUGGCGUCGCUCUCCCUCAGCCUCACCGCGUGAGCCACCCGGUUCUCAAGGACCACCACCCCAGGCGGUACCAGGCCUUCUUCGUCUGCAACACCACCGCGUUUGUCGUCUCACUCAUCAUCAUCAUGCUGCUCAUGGACAAGAAGCUCACCAAGGAAGUCUCCACGCGCUUUGUCACUCUCUACGUGCUCGUCGUCGUAGCGCUCCUGGGCCUUGUGGGGGCCUACGUUGCUGGCAGCUCCAGGGAGCGUGACAAUACCGCCUACGUCAUUGGCCUCGGCAUCGCGGUUCUUGCAUGCAUCCUCCUGCAGCUGUCUUUAAAGAUUGAAAUGAGGCAAGCAAAAGCGAUCCGAGCACUGUUUGAUGCCGCUAAAGAACGCAUACAACGGCUAUUCGUCGACGACCACAGCAGCAGGCGUGGCACACAAGACGCCCAAGAAGAAACGAGAACGACAUCAUUAGUGACGGCCAAGUCCCGUGAGCUUGUAAUGCUGUUGGCAACUCUUGCCGCCAGCAUCACGUACCAGGCCGGACUAGAUCCACCGGGUGGCCUCUGGCAAGACGACCGACACGGGCACAAGACCGGCGAGUCGGUGCUCCUCACAACGCACCCUGGACGCUACAUGGUGUUCUUCUACAGCAACUCGGCAGCUUUCGUGGCGUCCUUGGUCGUCAUCAUGAUGGUCCAAAGUACGUUCCUGCUCCAGCGCCACACGCUGGAGGCAGCCUUGAUACUGGACCUGUUCGGCCUCAUAUGCGCGUACGCCGCAGGGAGCUGCAGGGACGUAAGCACCUCCGUCUAUGUCGUCGCCCUGGCAGGUGUCGUCCUCGUCUACGUGGUCAUCCACAUCAUCUUCUUCACACUGGACCAAAAAGCAGACAACGACAAGCCUGAAGAAAUGAACAACAAGCGUGAAGUGCUGCUGCUGCUUGCAAUCCUAGUGGCGACACUGACCUACCAGGCUGGGCUGACGCCGCCUGGAGGCUUCUGGCCAGCAACCUUCGCCGACAAGUCCGGCCGCCACCACGCGGGCUACCCGGUCCUCCAUGACACCUACCCUAAGCGUUACAACGCUUUCUUCUACUGCAACGCGGCGAGCUUCAUGACAUCUGUAGCCCUCAUCCUGCUGCUGGUGAACCCGGCCCUGUACAAGGUUGGCAUACGAUGCUAUGCGCUCUACGUGUGCAUGGUGGCGGGCAUGUUUGGCCUCGUGGGUGCCUACACCGCCGGGAGCUCCCGGCGUCUGCGCACCUCCAUCUAUGUCCUGGUGCUGGCUAUUGGGCUUUUCGUGUUUGUCACCGUGCAGGUAUUCAUUUACUGGAGGAGAUGGAAGUGCAGACGCCGAGAAGUAGAUGUGCAAAUCUGUGGCGACAGAUCUAGAGAUCAUCAUCAACAACGACCUUAUACUUCUACUAGUGGAGAGGGAGGAGGCACUGGAACCAGCAGCACCGACGACAAGCAAAAGAGCCUGCGUGAGUACUUGAUGCUGCUGGGAAUCCUCGCUGCAAGUGUAACAUACCAGACAGGCCUGAAACCGCCGGGUGGACUAUGUGUUGGAGCCUGAUCACGACUGAUCAGAUUGGAACGACGAACGCAGAACGCGUCGGCGUCGCGGUGAUCGUGACUACCAGCGAGUAGAUUGAAAACUAGAAGAAAACAAGAACACAGGCAAGAGAGAUUAUGUUGCUGCCCAACCGCAGCCCUCAUGACAUCUUUAUUCAAGUAUUUAUACUCA